AUGUCGGACUUACAAAUGUCCAUGGCUUACAUGUUGACUCACUCAUUCACUUUGUAUCCCGAGAUUUAUAAAUGUCCGGGGAACACGUCGGCUAUGCGAACGAAGCGACCGAUUUUAGGAACUUAUUUUUUGGCUUCUGGAUUGAUUUUUAUUCUCCUCUACACCCCAUGUUUCAUCGUGAUGGUUCGAUCAAAAUGUCGGGUCCCUGCAUUCCAAGUCAUGUUGAUACUAGCCGUCUUCGAUCUGCUGUCCUUAUCAGUCAAUUCUGUUAUCACUGGACUCUUGGACAUCAUGGGCUUCAGUUUUAGUCACUUUCCAGUUUUCAUUUUCUGUGCCGGUGCUAUUGGAAAAGGAUCUUGGAUGGGCGGAUGUGUGGCGUGUAUACUGUUGGCGGUGGAUAGAUGUGUCGAGGUGAAUGCCAAAUUUCGACUGGGAUUUUUGUUCAAGAAAAAAGUGUUUCGCGUGGUGAUGGGACUAAUGGUAUUGUAUUGGGUUUAUUCUUGUGGAUUUACAAAGCCGCUGCUCUUCAAAGCGGAGUACAGCUCAUGGUUUUUUGAUCCGAAGAUUGGGAAAGAGCCGUAUCUUUAUCACAGCAUCGAUCACACUAUAAACAACCUAGUGGUGUCAUUGGCUACCACUUCCCUCUACAUUUAUUUGUGUUAUCAUUUAAUCUACAAAAUCGGAUAUUCCACUUCAAUGUGGUUGUACAGAUCGAAACAGCAGAUCAUCAUCCAAGCCGUCAUCCUUUGCUCGUUCCACGCUAUCGCCGCCUACAUCUAUGUGUACAUGCAAUUCUUCUACUCACCACCCUGGCUAAUCAUAAUUGGUCAAUUAGCGUGGCAAUGGAGCAAUGGAUGCUUCUGUGUAGCGUAUCUAACUCUAAACCAAGCGAUUCGAAAUGCAGUGGUCAGAAUGUUGGUGCCAAAGAAGCUUCGAGAACGAUUCGACUUGCAUAUAGGAAUUGAUGAGCAUUUGACGAGUGUGAAACAAAUCACCCAGAUAAAUACCGUAUCGAUUUGUGUUAAAAUGAAUAGUCUUGUUUGA